CGUCGCCGCCCAUCGCAGAUCGGGGCGCCGUUGGCGUCGUCAGAGCGUUUCUGUUUUGUUUUGGUUUGAGCGAAUGUUCGCGUCGGCCGCAGACUAACCGGAAGCGACUUUAUUCUUCGACGCGCUUCGAGACUAUCGCCUCUGUUUACGUUUACAAUUGUAUCCGGUUAUCGGUUUACCAGCGGUCCAUCAUGAAGUGUUUUGUUAUAAGUUGCAAAAAUGAUUUCCGUUCCAGCCGGAAGACGGCAUAUUCAAAGCAUCGAUUUCCGUGUGAUUUGGAACGCCGGAUGGAAUGGCUCGAAGUGUUCGCUCGGGCCGAAAAUAGGCAAAUCGACGCCGCAACGAUAAACUUUAGAACAGUUCGGGUGUGUUCGGAUCACUUUCCGGAAAGUGAUUUUCUUGAACGAAAUGGGAAAUAUAGGCUGCACGAUGAAGCAACUCCUUCAUUGUUCGGUGAAGAAGCUCUGAGAAAAGGAAAGCAAUGUGCUGCGCAGAGAUUCAGAAGCAAAUGUGAAGAUUUGCCGCAAAGCAUCCCCCAGCCAGUCAAGACAAAGAAAUGUCCCGUAACAGCCCAACAGGAGACGAUGAAGCUGAUUAACGGUGUACUGGGUUGCAUCGGGAAUCAGGAUCACGAUAGAUCCUCGCCCGAAGGUGCCACUGUAUUCCGGUUGGAGAAAUUUCCACAGGUUUGUCGUUUGUGUCUGAAGGCGCCGAAAUCCGAAACAGAAGUGAUGGUUUCGAUCUACGCAACUGAUUACCUGUUGGAUGAUAUCAGCGUCGGUCAGUUUAUAUCAGAGAUUCUACCGGCGGAGGCCACUCUGGAUCAGAGCUACCAACCAUUUCUACCAUUAUCGGUGUGCGUGGAAUGCAUGGACAUUUUGAAGUUCUUUGCCAAAUUUCGGCGCAAAAUUACGAUCGUCCAUUCGCUCAUGAACUCGUUGGUCGAAUUGAAGCAGCACGGCAAUUCCGAUCCGAUCGUCGAUCUCUUUAACAAUCAAUCCGAACCGGUACAAUCGGUCAUCAAGGAUCUUGGCCUGUGCAGGAAGGAUAACUACAGCGUGGAAGAUUUGCUGCAGGAGUUCCCUCGAUACGACUUGGCAUUCUUCGAAGGAUUCACAGUUAAGGAAGAGAUUGAAACUGGCGAAGAGUUGCUGCAACUUCCGGUGGAAUCCAAUGUGAUGUUCGGCGAGGAAUGUACGAUGGAAGAACUGAAUGAACUUACUAACGGGGAUCCGGAUUUGAUGGCACCAAAAACUGUCUUUAAAGCCCAAUACGGCGGGAAAAAACAGGACGAACCGUUGCAGUGUUCCAAAUGCAGUUAUAAAACUUACUAUAAACGAAGUUUUAACACCCAUCAAGCAAAUCACAAAAGGCUAGAGGAGCAAGGGUACCCCUGUAAGGUGUCCGGUUGUGCGAAAGUGUUCGAAUCUCAGAUUGAGCGCAAACGUCAUACCAAACUGGGACACAAGCUGUUGAUCUGCGAUAACUGUGGACUGAAAUGUGCGACGAGAACCUCUUUGAAAAUUCAUAUGGCCCGUCAUCAGCAGAAACUUGAACACGAGUGCCCCUACUGUAAGCAGCGAUACAACACGAAGAACGAUUGGCGAACCCACAUCCGGCACAUGCAUGUGCGCAAAAAAGGUUACCGGUGUGAAACGUGCGACAUGACCUUCCACAGGAAAAGCAUUCUGGACGACCAUAUGAUCUCGCACUUGACCUCCUAUGACUUUCCCUGCACGAUGUGCAACAAGAAGUUCAAAGCAACCAAACAUCUAAAGAAGCACGUCAUGAUCGUCCACGAGGGAGUCCAACUUCCGUGCCGGUACUGCCCGGUAAUGUUCGAUACUACGUACAAGUUGAACAAUCACAUCGAAAGCGUCCAUGGCGUUCAAACGCGGUUCGUGUGCGACGUGUGCGUUCGAACGUUCCCCAGCCAGGAUAAGCUGGACUGUCAUCGGGGGCGGCACGAUAGUCCCCACGAGCUGGAGUGCGCAACGUGUUUGACUCUGUUCGCUUCCAAGGACCUGCUCGCCGAUCAUCCGUGUAUUACGUACAGGGACGACUACAUAUGCUGCGAUCGUGAUCUACGGUACCAUUACAUCUACAACAAACACAUGCUGAUGAAACAUGGUAUCAAAACGAACGUACGGGUGAAGCCAACCCCGGGACUUCUGAUGGGUCAGAUGAGAGCACAAAGGAAACGCAUCGAAACGUGUCCCAAGUGCGAUCAAAUCUUCGCCACCCGGACGCUGAAGAAGCAACACAUGGAAAUCUGUACUUUUACCGGAGACGAAGGCCAACACGGUGGCAAUGGCGGUACGGAAGCCGAGGAAGCCAUGGCAGUCGAAGUUUUGGAGGAAAUGGCCGAUCGUUUUCAGUAAGACUUUUGAUUGAAGAUGAAUGAAUAAAAAUGGUUGUUAAGUUA